GUUUAUAAAGGAGUUCAAAAUGAGUCCAACGAAUCUGACGGGUUCACCACUGUUUCCUAAUUACAACUGUACACAACAAAGGGUACUUUGUCAAUCAGAAUAGAAUCUCUAAAUUUGUAAAGACAGUUCCACAGUUUUAUGUUUCAAAGACUGGUGUGUAAUUACAACAGAAGAUGUCACAGUUCCUGAAUUUCUGGCCUUUUUUCAUGCCCUUAGCGUUUUAUAUGUUCCUCUACCCCAGAGACAGAUUUUCUCUUACUUCAGAAAAAUUUGACUUGGAAUAUGAUUAUAUUGUGGUGGGCGCAGGAUCAGCAGGGGCUGUGGUGGCUAGUCGACUCUCCGAAGAUCCUAGAGUCACGGUACUUCUUCUUGAAGCAGGAGGGAAAGAGAACAUUGUAACGGACAUCCCUGUUGCGGCAGCAAUGAUUCAGAAGACUCCACUAGACUGGGCCUACCAGACGGAGCCGCAAGAUGCUGCUUGUUUUGGACACAUCAACAGGGUAAGAUUUGGAGAUUAUGGUGCCUACGGAUGGAACUGGAAGGAAGUUUUCCCUUAUUUCCUCAAGAGCGAAGACAAUCGAGAUCCUUCCAUUGCCAAUAACGGAUACCAUGGAAAAGGCGGUUAUCUCACCGUAUCGACACCUCCUUACACUACCCCGUUGGCUCACGCCUUUGUUGCAGGAGGACACAGUCUAGGAUAUCCAAAUAUUGACCUCAAUGGGCCAAUUCAAACAGGAUUUGCUAUUCCACAAGGCACAAUACGCCGAGGUUCACGCUGUAGCACCUCUAAGGCCUUUUUAAAACCAACUAAAGGACGACCAAACAUAGAUAUUGUAAUAUUUGCUUUCGCAACAAAGAUUCUUUUCGAUGAAAACUUGAUAGCUCGAGCUAUCCAGUUUGAUAGAUUAGGGUUACCUCAUACAGUUUACGCUCGGAAGGAAAUCAUUCUUUCAGCUGGAACCAUCAAUACUCCUCAGCUUUUAAUGUUAUCUGGAAUUGGACCAAAAGAUCAUCUCUUGAAGCUCGGGAUUCCGGUUCUAGCAGAUCUUCCUGUAGGCCUAAACCUUCAAGAUCACAUCUAUCCCGGAGUCCUCUCGUAUCUAGUUAAUCAACCUGUUUCUGCUGUUCAGUCACGAAUUUUUACCGCAGAGAAUAUUUUCCGGUAUUUUGCCUUUUCAGAUGGUCCAUUAACUCUCCUGGGAGGAGUGGAAGGGUUAGGUUUCAUUAAAACCAAAUAUGUCAAUUCUUCUGAUGACUUCCCUGACGUUGAGAUCCACUUUCUAUCCGGAAGUUAUGGUGCUGAUGCUGGUCACGUAUUUCGUGGGUCUCAAGGUAUUAACGAUGAGUUAUGGCAAAAAGUCUACCUGGAGUACCUGGAAAAAGAUUCUUUUUCUUUAUUUCCGGUGUUAUUAAGGCCUAAGAGUCGAGGCUUUAUCAAACUACGCUCAAGCAAUCCUUAUGAUCCUCCAAUCAUUGAUCCACGCUAUCUCACAGACGAGCGAGAUGUUUUCACCAUAGUGGAUUCACUGAAAAUAUGUUUGGCCCUGGGCGAUACUCCAGCUUUCCGGAAGUACGGAGCUCGGAUCAAUCCCAAUGUAUUUCCAGGCUGCGAGGGCUACAUUCAAUGGAGUGACGAAUAUCUGGCCUGUCUUGCCCGAACCAUUACAUCAACCAUUUAUCACCCAGUAGGCACGUGUAAAAUGGGAGAUCCUCGUGAUCCUACUACUGUUGUAGAUCCACAACUAAGGGUGAAGCACGUGAAGAGUCUACGCGUGGUGGACGGAUCUGUAAUGCCAACCAUCGUAUCAGGAAAUACAAACGCUCCAAUCAUUAUGAUUGCCGAAAAAGCAUCGGACAUGAUUCGUGGAAUUAGGUCUGUGUUUGCUCAACGUGGCCUCCUAAAAAAAUCUGAAAUUUAAAAGUGAUGAAAACGUGCCUAAUUUGUCUGACCGUGUGUUUUCAGCUUUCAGUCACUUGUUCUGUGAAAGCUCAUUUCGAAGACAAAAGGUGAUUUCAUCGUAGUAAGUCGAAUGUACAAAUUUCAACUCACCAAAAACUUUCAGACUUUAUUUUAUUUCGUUGCAAUACAGAAUAGAAAAGUAUGACUGGGUUGUACAAUAAAUGUAGAAAGAGAAAUAACUGAAAGUAGGAUACUCUACAAGUUUAAAACUGGUGAAAGUUAAAUCAACAACAACUUGAAAUGUUAAUACAAGCAAUAGGAGAAAAAAAAAUAUACCAUUUCCCGUUUACUUUAAUCAGAUCGAAUGAAAUUGUUGAUGUGGUAUCCCACGUGCUUCACAGCUAUUAUUUUUAUCCAAUGCCAUCAUAAACUACUAAGUCAACUGCUCAACAGGAUUAAAUUUUAACAGAAUUAAGCGUAACUGAACAUGAGGACGGAUUAGCAUACAGUUUCUGGUUUAACUGUGUUCUCUGUACAUUUUGCAAGUUUUGUUGCAUACAGUGUGUUCCAACUGAUAGAAAAAACUUCUGCUUACUUUAUUUCUAGAACCAUAGGAAGUAAGUGAGUGUAGCUUUGUUUCAGAAUUCCAACAUUGUAGUUUCCUUCUUACAGAAAAGAAAUCUGAUCGUUUAUUUGAGGCUCAUGAUUAAUUUGUUUUUCCAAGUUGUCAACGUCUAGGUGUAAACGACUUGGUGCUGCGACAAGCUUUGAAUAAGGUGAAAGGAUCUGCAUCAGAAACAUUUGCUUUAUUGGUAGUUUCAUUGGAAAAAUUGCCAUAAAAUACGGGACUAUAAUUGGUGACUGGCGUUUUUGUCACAUAACGGGCCAUUCCUUUAAUUUAACUCGAAAUGUGUUAAUGUUAUUUAUGAUAAAGUAUUUAUGGUUAAGUAUUGCCACUCAACACAACAAAUUUGUAAUGAUGAAUAUAUUUUUUAGUAA